AUUGCGACCCCCCCCCAGAGGUCCUUGGACACCAGUUUGAAAACUCCUGCUCUAGCGUACGCAUAGCAAUACUCUGGUAACCAUCCCAUCCUCAACAGUGUAGCAUCGCCAUUGAGGGUGCACAACUGGCUGCUGUUUGUACAAUGCCCAAUAUUCUCCACCUGGUGAUGGCCUUGCUGGCGGUAACAACAGAGACUCAGGCAUCAAUACUCAAGACCACACAGUGGCCACGAUUGAAGCCCACUAAAAAGCCUCUGACUCAGGAUGAAGGUGGUCCUUUACAGGCAGAUCCCACCACCGUGAGCCCAACCACCAUUGGUGUUACAGAAGAAGCCACAGACUCCAUGAUGGACAUGUACUCUAUCUCGCCUACCGACAGCACCACCUACUCUAGUGAUGCUUAUUCUGCUGACUACCACACUGAGGCCAUGGUUCCUCCUGGGGUGGGCCCUGGGAACUACACACUGGACUACAACGAGUGCUUCUUCAACUUCUGUGAGUGUUGUCCACCAGAGAGAGGUCCUCCAGGACCAGUGGGAGAAAAGGGGUUGCCAGGUAUUCCAGGGGAAAAGGGGGAAAUGGGACCUCCUGGACCUCCAGGUAAAGAUGGACUCACCGGUGAUCUUGGGCAACAUGGAGAGAAAGGAGACAAAGGUGAUCCUGGAGUGAGUGGGCUGCCUGGUAUUACCGGUGUUACUGGAAAACAAGGAGAGAAAGGUGAAAUAGGCCUCAAAGGAGACAAAGGAGAUGCAGGUUUACCAGGGCCGAAAGGAGACCCAGGGGACCGUGGAGAGCCUGGCUGGAAUGGAACAAAGGGAGAGGUUGGUGAGCCUGGCACACUAGGACUGACGGGCCCCCCCGGACAAGAUGGCAUCCAGGGGGAGAAGGGUGACAAAGGAGACUGUCCAUUUGGUGAGAAAGGGCAGAAAGGCAGUAUGGGUGAGACAGGGUCUCAAGGGCUAAAAGGAGACAUGGGCAUGCCAGGACAAAAUGGCACAGAUGGGCUUCCUGGUACUCAGGGGCCCAAGGGAGACCCAGGACCCCCAGGUAAGCAGGGAGAGCCUGGUCCUCCAGGACCUCAAGGACCACCAGGGCAGAGGGGGAUGCUAGGAAUGAAAGGAACCAGGGGCCUGAAGGGAGCACGGGGUGUUAGGGGGUUUAAGGGCGCUAAAGGUGAACCUUCCAUUCAGAAGCGCUCAGCCUUCAGUGUCGGCCUCUUUCCAAGCCGAUCGUUCCCGCCACCUGGCCUGCCAAUAAAAUUUGACAAAGUCAUUUACAAUGAAGAAGGUCAUUGGGACCCACAUGCCAGCAAGUUUAACUGCACUCAUGGGGGUGUUUAUGUGUUUUCCUACUACAUAACUGUGCGUAAUCGCCCCCUACGUGCAGCCCUUGUUGUGAAUGGCAUUCGGAAACUGCGAACUCGUGACUCGCUCUACGGUCAGGACAUUGACCAGGCAUCCAACAUGGCAGUGCUGCGUCUAGCAUCUGGCGACCAGGUAUGGCUGGAGACGCUUCGGGACUGGAAUGGUGUUUAUUCCAGUAGCGAGGACGACAGCACAUUUUCUGGUUUCCUGCUUUAUGCUGAUGCCACCAAGAACUGAUGGCCAUCACACUGGCCUCUGGAUGAACCACUUUAGACCUAUACUUUGUUACCUAGUGGGGAAGUCAGUCACCUAAAUUUCCCAGUGUACUUGAGUCUUGAGCUACUAACAGCUAUUGUACAGCCACUAAUUGUUAUGUAUCCUGCUGUAUCACCAGAAUAAUCAAUGUCACAUGUCCCCAUUUGUUUUAUAAGGU